UAAUAGAAAAGUCUCUUUCUGCGCUCUGGGGGUGCACUGUUUGUGAAAAGUCAUGUUUUCUGCAUGGAAAAUGCUGUAAUUCCACCCAAUUAGCAGUUCCAAGUUGUGAGUGAGUGUGCAAGAAUGAAAAAAUCCGGUGCAGACAUGUCGUCGUCAUCGUGGAACAUCUCCCACAGCAGUUCCACUUCCCUGAAGAGUCGGGCGACCUUUUCUGGGAGUGCCACACCUGGCUCAGUCACUAUGACCAGCGACCGGGUGGAGAACACCCUGAAUCUGGACUUCACACCCUUCGAGACAAUCCACAAGUGGAAGCGAAUGCUGGAGUGCGAUGAGUUCGUGGGGGCGCGACGGAGCAAACACACUGUGGUGGCGUACAAAGAUGCCAUUUACGUCUUUGGCGGCGACAAUGGCAAGAGCAUGCUCAACGACCUGAUCCGGUUCGACGUGAAGGAGAAGUCCUGGGGCAGAGCCUUCAGCACUGGCAUCCCUCCGGCGCCGCGCUACCACCACUCAGCAGUCAUUCACGGGAGUUCCAUGUUCAUCUUCGGCGGCUACACCGGCGACAUCCAUUCCAACUCCAAUCUAACGAACAAGAAUGACCUGUUCGAGUACAAGUUUCCCACUGGAUACUGGGUGGAGUGGAAGUUCGUGGGCAGAACACCGGUGCCCCGGUCAGCCCAUGGAGCUGCAGUCUAUGACAACAAACUCUGGAUCUACGCCGGAUACGAUGGCAAUGCCAGGCUAAAUGACAUGUGGACAAUUCCCCUGACGGGUGACACUAAGCAGUGGGAGGAGAUUGAGCAGAAGGGGGAUCGUCCGCCGACUUGCUGCAACUUCCCCGUGGCUGUGGCCAGGGGAUGCAUGUACGUGUUCUCCGGACAGAGUGGACUCCAAAUAACAAAUGCCCUGUUUGAAUUCAACUUCAAAACCAAAACCUGGCGACGCAUUUCCAACGAGCACAUCCUGAGAGGAGCGCCUCCGCCGCCGGCAAGGCGCUAUGGUCACACGAUGGUCCAGCACGAUCGAUUUCUCUAUGUUUUUGGUGGUUCUGCUGACUCCACUCUACCCAAUGAUCUGCACUGCUACGAUUUGGACUCUCAAGUGUGGAGCAUCCUGAUUCCCGAGGCAGACUCUCAAGUGCCCACAGGGCGUGUAUUUCACGCGAGUGCUGUUAUUGGCGAUGCAAUGUACAUUUUCGGAGGCACUGUGGACAACAAUGUGCGCAGUGGCGAUAUGUAUCGCUUCCAAUUCUCCUCCUAUCCGCGCUGCACACUUCAAGAUGACCUGGGCAAAUUUUUGGCUGAGCGACAGUUCUGCGAUGUGCAGUUCAUUGUGGGUGGUGAUGAGGUGAAGAUCACUGCCCAUGUUGCCAUGAUUGCCGCACGCAGUCAGUUUCUAAGAACCAAAAUCUUGGCAGCACGCGACGCUCGCAAUCAGCACUUUGAGAAGAUCUUCGGUACCACUGAGGUGCCCUUUGCUGAGCGCCAGAUGUUGGAGGUGAAAUUGCCCGGUGCCGUGCCAGAAGCCUUUGAGAUGGUCCUCAACUACAUCUACACGGACCGCAUAGACUUCCGUGAUCCAUUCUCCAACAAAAUUGUCCUCCUUAUGAUGGACAUUUACCAGUUGGCAGUACAAUUCUUCAUUCCGCGCCUGGAACAGGUGUGCAUUCAGUACCUAGAAUUCAAGAUCUCCAAGAGCAAUGUGUUGGAUGCCCUCUUCAAUGCUGACAAGAUGAAGUUGACUGUGGUCAAGGACUAUUGUCUGGGAUUCAUUGUGAAGGAGGACAACUUUUAUGAUAUUGUCAUGUCGCAGGACUUUGCGGCGCUUGAGAAGUCACUGAUGGUGGAGGUGAUCCGGAAGAGACUCAAUCCCGGGAAGACUUCCAUUGAUAUGAAGGCGGAUAAGAGUGUGGGAACGACUUUAGAGAGCGACAUGGCAGUUUUUCUGAAGACUGGUGGAGAGUUUUGUGACAUUAAUCUUGUCCUUGAUGGAAAUGUUAUUCCUGCACACAAAUCCAUUUUAGCUGCUCGCUGCUCCUACUUCCAGGCCAUGUUCCGAUCAUUUAUGCCCUCUGACAAUACCGUGAAUAUACAAAUUGGUGACAUCAGUCCCUCUCGAGAGGCUUUCAAUUCCCUCCUGCGAUACAUUUACUACGGUGAUACUAAAAUGCCACCCGAGGAUUCUCUCUAUUUAUUUCAGGCUCCCUGCUUCUAUGGCUUCACAAACAAUCGUCUACAAGCGUUCUGCAAGCAUAAUUUAGAGCAUAACAUUACAUUUGACAAUGUGCUGCAGAUUCUGGAGGCGUCUGACCGCAUGAAUGUGCCGGACAUUAAGAACUAUGCUCUCAGAAUGAUUGUGCAUGACUUCACACAAGUGGCUCGACUGCCCAAAAUGCGAAUGCUGAGCAGGGAUUUGCUGCUGGACGUGAUUAUGGCCAUGGCAGACAUUCUGGGAGACAUUCGGGUGAAUCAUCAGGAUCUCGCGUCGAUCAGUAUUCACAGUGAUAUAUGAAAGUUGGCUUUUCCCA